CUAUAUAGGCAGGCAAGAUUCCCCAGAUUCGCCAUGGCUCGUGACUACCGUUCCCUGGCGGCUUUGGUUGCGCUGUGGUGGAGCUCAUCUGGGUGUUUUGGCUCGAUGCCUGCCGACACGCGUCCAAUUAGGACGGCUCGCCCUGCGUCGUCUAUUCCGGAAAUAAGCACGUUGCUUCAAAGCAUCAAUGAGAUUGUAAACGCCGAGAAGAGGUUGAAAGCACUCCAGUCAAUCAUGCAGAUUCUCCAAGAGAGAAUGGAGAUGGAGAAGGAGAGAGAUGUCCUCCAAGUGAGGAUGGAGAAGAUUGAAGAAGACCUUCUGCGAGCAAAGGGGCUAAUGACUGCGCGUGGCGUCUUUGAACGAGUGGCGCAACUUGCAUUCAAUGAGCAGAAGAAGGCAGGAAACGUGAAGGGGAAUUGCGUCACGGCAACCAUCUUGCCGAUCGCAAGCAAGCAUCCGGAGGAAGGAUGCUGGUCUGAACUCCUGCACAGUUCCGCAAAAGAAUGCGAGAGCACGCAGAUCCCCGAAGAUACAUUGCAACAAGUUUGGACUCUACUCUCCGACCAAGUUCACAACCCUUCAUGGGGAGAUGUCAAGAUAGAUCCAAACCUACCUGAGGGCACGAGAUGCAUAGUGAAGAAGCUUUGCGAGAAGAUGGGAUUAGAAGUGGUCCCAUAAGGAGACAGCUUCUCUAUGGACAAGCGCCCGAGC